GAGGAACCUUGUAAAAAAGUAAAUUUAUCAUAAUCAGACUUCCUCAAUCUGGGUACCCUUCAGAUGUAUAGACCAACUUCCAAAAUUCCCCAGAUACCAUGGUCAUUGCUGAGGAUGCUGGGAGUUGAAGCUCACGCAUCUGGAGGUUAAUGCCUGCUUUACUUCAAUAGCAGUGUCAGUGGAAGUAUCUUCUGAAAAUGCUCAGAAGACACGAAAGAGACCCUCAAAAUGGCUGUGCUAAGUCUCUGAAAAGAGUAAAAGUUCCUCGUAAUUUUCGACUGCUGGAAGAGCUAGAAGAAGGCCAGAAAGGAGUAGGAGAUGGAACAGUUAGCUGGGGUCUUGAAGAUGAUGAAGAUAUGACACUUACAAGAUGGACAGGCAUGAUUAUUGGGCCCCCAAGGACGAUUUACGAAAACAGAAUAUACAGCCUUAAAAUAGAAUGUGGCCCUAAAUAUCCUGAAGCACCUCCAUUUGUAAGAUUUGUAACAAAAAUUAAUAUGAAUGGAGUAAAUAGUUCUAAUGGAGUGGUUGAUCCAAGAGCCAUAUCAGUCCUAGCAAAAUGGCAGAAUUCUCAUAGUAUCAAAGUUGUUCUGCAAGAGCUCCGGCGUCUAAUGAUGUCUAAAGAAAAUAUGAAACUUCCUCAACCACCUGAAGGACAAUGUUACAGUAAUUAAUGAAAAAAAAAAUCAUGCCCCAUCAUUCAAUUUAAGCUCUCUUCAUUUUCCACAGUAGUAAAUUUUCUAGAUGCAUCUUGUAGAUCUCCAAGUACUGGAAAGGAAGUUCCCAUUGCAAAGAAAAGUCUAUCUUGAGAUACUGUAAAUGAUACUAAUUUUUUUCCAUUUGAAAAUAAGUUGUGCUAUAACAAAUAAUGCUGUCCUGUGUAACCACUGUCCACAUAGUUGAACUUCUGGUAUCAAGAAAAGUCUAUUUAAAUUUAUUACUGUCAAAGACCAGUGUGUCACGUUGAACUCAACUGUGAAAAAGCAUAAAAAGCAUACAUCACACAAUCACAUUGCUGUGUGUUUGGCCUGGGUUUAUAUCUUUUCUCCCGUCUCUCUCUUUCUCUUUCUCUCUGUGUGUUUGCAAUAGAGUUGAUGCUCAGGGCUAUUUAUUAGAGUAGACAAGGAAGGCACAAUCUGCAGAUCAUGAUCUUGCCCAAGCCCUUUUGAAAAGAACAGAGUCUGAGCCAGAAUAUCCUUGUACUCUUACACAGUUCUCUUUUAAUCCAAGAGGGCUUGCUCAAGACCAGUGUUUCUCAACCUUGGCAACUUUAAGUUGUGUGGACUUGAAGUCCAUACACCUUAAAGUUGCCAAGGUUGAGGAACAGUGCUCAAGACAACGUCCCCUAAAGAUUGUGCCAAAAGGUUUCAAUUACCAGCUGUGGCUGGGUUGUAUGGACUACUAAUGGGAUGUUUUGGUAUCCUCAGUCAUCCCUCCCUUUGUGCAGGCUCUAGUAAAAUGCUGAAUGUCUCUAGGGUUGGUUUUUAUUUUUCUGCUUUUAAAGAAUGCUUAUAUAGCCAUUUGGGGCAGGUUCUUCUUUCACCCAAAACCUUUGCUAAGGCAUAGAUUGUAUUUCUGUCCCAUCUCUUCCCCCAGAAUGUGGGCCUUGGGAUGAUAGACCUGGGGGAUCUUUUCGGACUUUCCUCUCUCUCUCUUGUCAUAGUUGGGGUGCUGCUUUCUUUUUGCCCCUUCUACGAUGCUUUCCUUUAUACUUGGCCAAAAGAGGUAAGUGGCUGGCAAACUGCCUGAUUUUAUUGUUGUUAUUGUUAUUAUUAUUGUUAUUAUUAUUAUUAUUAUUAUUGCUUCAUGCUUGUCAAUUUUGGGGUGGGGCAUGGAUAGGGUCUAUAAAUUAAUCUUCACCAGCUGAGAAAAUAAGAAUGUCUGGUUUUGCUCGCAAAUAGCCUCCCCUUCCUGUUCUCUGGCAGCUUCCGCACUGGCAAGCUGGCCAUGGCUGACGUAUGAGGCAGGGUUUUGAUACGGUGAAAAGAGCGGUAAUUUACCAGGAGCAUUUAAGUCUGUUAAGAAUGGCCAGAUAUUCUGGAAAGAUCUCUACGUAGAUGUUUGAAACAAACCCUCCAGCUUUCUGAGCUGAAGGUUACUACCUCUGCUUGAAUGCCUUGUUACCUGCUCAUCAGCGUGCAUAACUUCGUGGCCCUGUAGCAGCCUGCCGACAUAAAGACAAAUCCGCUUUGUGAAGAGGAGAUUGUGUUCUGACACCUUGCAGAGAGGGAGGUGCUUUUCUUUCCUAAAGAAUCAGAUGGUGCUGCCGUGCAUGGUGGGUUAGGCUUCUUGGCAAAUCACUUCUUUUUCAGACUCCUUGUUUUGGACCACUGACUGCUGAAACGUGGAUGCAAGCUUAAAUGCAAACAAUCUAAUGUAUCCUCUUUAAGUUUUAUGAAAUUAAAAAUGCAGUGUUCAUGUAAAACAAAAAGCAGAAGUCACGUUUAAAAGCAGAAGUAUCAAGUCAAUGAAUAAUUGAUGUUUCCAUUAACUCUUUUAAGGAGCAUAUUAGUUGUAAGGAUUUAACAUCCUCUGUAAUUAAAAAAAAAUUAACAGUAUUCCAUAAGCAGCCUUUUUAUUGUAUCAGACCAUUGCCUGAUUUUAAUAUAAUAAAAAGUGUGCAUUAA